GGAAGAAGAAAACGCUGGUACAAGUAAUAACGGCCUAAAGAAAGCAAGUUGGGAAAGGUACAUUGGGCGCCAAGACAUUACCUCGGGAAGAAGACGCGGUCGUGAGUGAGUGCAACGUUUUGUAUGUGCCCGAUUUGCCUUAGAGAGACAACGACGACAGCAAAAGAAGUCCCGUCAGGUUCAGUAAUUAAGAGAGGAGGCACCCUUCAUGUGAGGCGUGGAACGAGAAGAUUGCCGCGCGAAAGAACGGAGCAGGCGCUAUAUUCGACGCUGGAGACGUAUUGCAUAGCGAGGUGGAAAUUGGAGCGCAAAGAAUUGCCGGCGCCCAUGAAGACACGUGGAAACAGGAGAAGACAUGAGAGGCUUCUUGGUUUGACUCCUUCCCGCAUUGUGAUUUCUUCGUCUCUUCCUCCUCCCUCGCGCGAUUCCUCGACAGACCAGUCUGCUCUUCAGUUGGUCUUGGGGCUGGGCUCGAACGCCUGGCCUUCGUCUUCUUAUUACGUGCCAUCGCCAUCGGCGGACCCCAGCGCCGGUCCGUCGGUCGAGACCGGCCUGUCGGUAUCGCCUGCGAGCACUGUGGAAACCCCAGCGGUCGCUUGCUUGGCCGGUCGUUCAAACUCUUCACUGCUGACCACACAUACCAGCAGCUCCCGCAGCAGACCCAAUCCAUCGAAUAACAGACAGGUAACGCCAGAAGAACCCGGAGCGGGCGGAGGAGAGCGGGGAGGGGGAGAGGGAGGAGGCAGCUUGAGUCGCGGCGGACGAAACGCCCGCGCAGGUGUCCGAACAACAGCCGCCUCGCACGCUUGUGAUGGGGACGGUGGUAGGCCGAUGACCUCCGCGUCGAACGCUGACCUUGUAGUACAUCCAAGUCGCGCUUCUUCUUCGCAGACGACUCGAGUUCCUGUGAUCCGCCCUGCUGUCCACGUCGCUCUGUCGGGGGGUGACGUGGAUGCCUCCGCUGCUGCCCACGUGAAGGACGGCGGAUGUUUCGUUGUGGACGGUGAACCUGUCCCGGGCGCAGGUCCAGGUGGGAACCAAACGAUCGACGGCGGGGGGCCCCGCCAGGAACGCGACGUGAACCACGCGGAUCUCGGCGUCGAUCACUUGGGUGCCGCUGAAGAUCUCUCUUCUGCUGGACAGGUGGAUAUCCCGCAACGUGGGUGCCGCGGAGAUGACCGGUCUGUCCCGGUAGGGCGGGAGGAGGAGGAGGAGGAGGAGGGGGGGGCACUGGCCCCUCUCACGGGUGUCAUUGAACGCGUGGCUCUCACAGCUGUCGCACACGUGGAUGCUGGACAGCAUGACGUCAAUGCUGCUGAUGCGGAUGUCGUUGGCUCUUCGAUGCACAGCGAGGCAGUGAAGAUGACGGCUGUGGAGCAGGACACUCGACGACGAUGGAGGAGGUGGUCAUCUUCCUCCUUGCGUGAUGCUUCGUGCCCGUUCGAUCGUCAAGUCUCGUUUGGUCUCAAUGAACACGAUGGCAGUGCUACGACAGCCGUGUUGGAUCCGAAGCAGCUGAGGACGACCGAUGCUGAUGUGGCGUCCUGUGAGCUUGACACGUGGCGCCCUCGCAUCAGGCAGGUGGAGGAUGAGCAGGAAAAGGAGAAUAAAGACGGAAAUGGAGGGGAGUUGGGGUUGGGAGAGCUAUCGUCGCAGAUGGAGCGAUUGAAUUGCCGUGUAGAGAACGAUCCACAUGCUACUGACUUGAAUACGUCAUUGUCGAAGUUUCGCAUACGCGACGUGUGCAAGUUGUUCCGGGAGGACGCUGUUUGUGGCAGUAGUGUGGUGUCGCACGUGGUCGCACACAAGGACGCGGGGCCGCCGGCGAUGCAACGAGGCGGCAGAAGACGAUUGCCGUCGGUCAAGCGCAACAAGCCAAAUGGGGAUCGCAAUGACGCGCAGGGGCAGGUCCAGGCCGAUGUCCGAUCUAACGGCCAUGACCCGAUAACAGAUGGCAGCAUGAUGACCGAGAGUAGGGAUGGUUACGUUGAGGUACGGGGAGUCUCUCCCCCCGACGAUAACUGCGUUGAUGGGCAAGUGCCACGUGUCAGGUUAGAAGAAGAUAGCGCAAUCACCCACCGAAAGGGCGGGGAUCAAUCACGGAUAGCCACGUGUCAGGUUGCCAUUCAAUCUUCAGCGGGCGGAGCAGGAUUCGCUGGAGGGAGGGGGGGGGGCGAAGGCAAAAUGGCCCGCCAUCUUGACUCAGUGGGUGAAACGGCGCGCGAAACGGCGGAAGGAGAAAUGGCGGGAGGAGGAGAAAUGGCGGGAGGAGAAAUGACAUGGAGGGUGGAAAUCGCGCGGGUAGAAAUAGCUCGCGCGCGCAUCCCCGAGGCUUCUUCAGAAGAAAGUGAGAGGCUCUCUCAAGCCAGGUCACCACCCAGACUAUGCCACGUCACAGGUAACGUGUUUCCACAUCAGAAUAGGGUUUCUUUCCAGGGUAUGACUGAGCAAUCAUGUGCCACCUACCGUCACAGGUAACCUGUUUCCACAUCAGAAUAGAACGUACGGUCAUUAUCGCUGCAUCUAGACUUAAAUUUGCCCCCCAAAAUACGGGGACAAUGAUUGUAUUAUGUUCUAUUCGGUGGAGGACGGUAGAAGGUAUUGAUUGGCGCUCAUAAUAGUAUGUCGAUUAGUAACGUGAGAAUGUAGAUUAAUAACCUGUUCGUUGGUCAUAGUUACGCGGGGUAUAUUAUACGAAAAAGGUAAUAAAAUGGAAAGGAAAUA